AACCCCAAGGUUUGCGGUGAAGUUGUCUGCUUUGCCCAAUUCAAAGCUCUCCAAAUCCAAUCAAAACCAUAAGCAACGAGAAAUCAAGCGAAUCUCAUCUUCAAUCGAUCUCCGACCUUGCCAUCCGAGCGAUCUCUUCAACCCAAUUGAAACCAUGUUUCGUCAAGUAGCUAAUCGCCUCCUCACGCGAUCUACCACCACUUAUUCCGCCGCCACUAUCCGCCGCCCCUACUCGACCGAGGUCGCUACUGAUGCCGCAGCCGGUGACAGUGAUUUUGUGGAGUCGUGGAAGAAGGUUGUCCCCAACAUCGAUCCGCCAAAGACACCGAUCCAGUAUAUGAAACCCCGUCCUCCUACUCCUUCCACUUUGCCCUCUAAACUCACUGUCAAUUUCGUCCUCCCUUACGCUUCGGAGCUUUCUCAAACAGAGGUUGAUAUGGUGAUAGUUCCAGCAACAACUGGGCAGAUGGGUAUUUUACCAGGACAUGUACCCACAAUUGCUGAGCUCAAACCCGGGCUCCUCUCAGUCCACGAAGGGAAUGACGUGAAGAAAUACUUCAUCAGCAGUGGCUUUGCUUUCGUGCACUCAAACUCAUAUGCAGACAUAUUGGCUGUUGAGGCUGUUCCCCUUGACCAAAUCGAUCCAGCCCAAGUACAGAAGGGUCUGAGUGAGUUCACUCAGAAGCUGAGUUCGGCAUCAACCGAGUUGGACAAAGCUGAAGCCCAGAUUGGAGUGGAUGUUCAUAGUGCUCUUAACUCUGCUCUUACAGGUUAGUGUUAAUAAGAGUUUGUUGUGAUCCUUUUUAACUCAAAAUAAGAGUUAUCUCUCAGAAACUUUCUUUAUGCAUAUGAGGAAAGAAUGUUUUUUGUGGCCGAAUUUGGGAUAUAAUAUGUAUCACCAUUUGAUAUCAGUUUUAUCAAAUUUGGUUUUCUUUAAACUUCAAUAGAAAUUCAAGACUUUGGUUAUGAAAA